AUGACACCGAAACUGCACAAAAGUUUUAAAAAGGGACUUUACAUCGUUUCGCUGGUACAUCAAAAAGGGAAAGUCCUGGUGACUGGCGAAGAUGUUCUACCAACCAUCGAAAUACAAUGUGAACAGACCCCUUCUUCCGUUGCUCUGAAAUCUGAUUUCUACUGGCUCUCCAAAGUUAUCUGCAACUGGUCAAAUGUGAAACCUUUGAAGAAUAUUUUUGAAAGGCCGUCGACAAUUACUGAUUCUCUACAUUUCAGAUCAUGCCUGCUUCAAUCUGUUUAUCAGAUGCAGAAAAUUGUCGGUUAUGAGGAUUUGGGCAACCUGCAUUAUCAGAUUUUAAACGAUCCAAACAGUGGUUCGCAAAUUUUUCUUUUCAUUAAAAACCUCCCUGACGACCUUCGAGUGACGUCAUCGCUAAAAUGGGGAUCAGUCAACAAAUUAAUAAAGAAAAAAAUGAACAGUUUCGAAAAAAGUGAAGAGAAAGCAGAACAAGCGCAAAUGGACACAAACACAAUGGACUACAUCACUGCCAACAUUCCGGAUCUUGUUUCAUUCAACGAUUCUUGCGUUACCAGACUGCCUCGAGGUCUCUACAUUGGAUACGUAAAACUAACGUCAUACAUCGAUCAACUGAGAAUCAUCGUUCCCGACAAUCUCUCGAAUGUCUUUCCGUUCGUUCAAGUUAGAAAUAAUGCGAAGGUUUCGAGCGAGGAAUGGGACUCACUCAUCAAUUUGACAGCAACACCAACCAAAUUAAACAAAGUUGACAGCACGCUGCAGCACAAUUUCAUCAACCAGUUAUACGAAUCAUCGUUGGAGCUCAUGCGAGAUGUUGGCGUGCCUGAGGAAGAUUUUCUUGAACACAGAGUUUAUAUGAAUGAGGUGUUCGAAUUUAGUAGCGAAGUUUCAUUCAUUUUGCUGAUGCCAAACUUCAAACAAGUUUGUUCUGGCCUUGGAGAAGAAGAGAAAACAAUUCCUGGCCACAUAUCACUGCCUCUGCAACAGUUUGAAAUAUAUCACAUGAAAACAUAUCACCCGGACCUAACAAAAAGAUACGCUCUCUUAUCAACACUGCUGGAAGCCGAAGUCGGAGUAACAAACCAUUUAAUUCGUCAGGGGGUAUCCAGUGAUGACGAAAUGAAACUGAGAAAUGAAAUUCAAAUUUUGAAUCAGCAGCAAAAAAAACUGGACGAUGCGUGGAAGAGUAUGAGAUGGAUAGCUGAAGUCAUCGGAAAUGCACGUGACUCCAAGAGUACAUCCUGCUUAGCACUGGAGAAUUUGAGGUCGAGGUUGAACAGCCCGGAAGACGGUAGCGAUGCAUCAUUAACAUCUACCGACACUAAUUUAACGUUCACAUUUUCAACGAACCUUUCAGAAGAUGUAGUUAUUUUAGCUGCAAUGCUAACUACAAAUCAGAUCAGUGAAAAAAUGAAAAAUUAA